CGCAGAGUCGCAGCCAAUUUGCAGACUCGCAAAAUUUCUUCCGGUUCAGAAGUCAUUAUCUUUUAUGUAAAUGAUGUUUGGUGGAUUAUCAACUAAGCUGUUGAACAUAUGCAUAGCUUCAUUUUGUAAAGUCCGGCUACUGGAGAAAGCAGAAGCCAUUAUAAUCGACGGUGUAAGAUUAGGGGUGAUUCCAGAUGUGGUAACUUACAAUACUCUGGUUAGUGCAUAUUCUCGUUAUGUUAGCUUAGAUUCAGCUUAUUCUGUUAUUCAUAGAAUGAAAGAAGCUGGGAUAAGUCCAAAUGUCAUUACUUACAAUUCUUUGAUUGCUGGGGCGACCAGGGAUUGUUUAUUAUCACAAUCCCUGGAUUUGUUUGAGGAAAUGCUUCAAGCAGGUAUACAUCCUGAUGUAUGGAGUUACAAUAUUCUGAUGAAUUGUUUCUUUAAAUUUGGAAAACCCGAUGAAGCCAACAGAAUAUUUCAGGAUAUUUUACUUAGCAAUCUCGCUUCUCACCCAGCUACCUUUAACAUAAUGAUUAAUGGCCUUUGUACAAAUGAAUACAUCGAUAAUGCCCUUAUGUUAUUUAGAAAUUUGCAGCGUCAUGGAUUUGUUCCCCAGCUAGUGACAUACAAUAUUCUUAUCAAUCGGCUAUGCAAGGCACGCAGAUGGCGGCAAGCAAGGACAAUACUAAGGGAACUUGGGGAAUCAGAUCUUGAGCCAAAUGCCAUAACCUACACUACAGUUAUGAAAUGCUGCUUUAGGUCUAAGCAGUAUGACAAGGGGCUUGAUAUUAUGUCGGAGAUGAAGAGUAAAGGGUAUGCUUUUGAUAGUUUUGCAUACUGCACAGUCGUUGCUGCUUUAGUUAAGACUGGGAGGAUAGAAGAGGCAAAUGCUUGCAUGGAACAGACAAUGAGUAAUGGUAUUGAACUCGAUUUAGCAGCUUAUAACACCUUACUUAAUAUGUAUUGUAGACAAGGUAAGUUUGAAGCUGCCUAUAAGUUGUUGGAUGAAAUAGAGAAGGGAGGUCUGCUGUGUGACAAGUAUACCCACACAAUUAUAAUUGAUGGCUUGUGUAAAGCUGGUAAUUUUAGCGGGGCUCAACACCAUUUACAUUAUAUGAAAAUGAUGGGUUUCCAUGAAAACUUGGUUGCCCUCAACUGCAUGAUUGAUGGGUUGUGUAAAGCUGGUCAUAUUGAUCGUGCAAUGGAAUUGUACAAAUCAAUGGAGACUAAAGACUCUGUUACCUACACCUCCUUGGUGCACAAUCUUUGCAGGGCUGGAAGGUUCCGUUGUGCAUCCAAGCUUAUGAUGAAAUGUUUAAAAGAUGGCAAGAAAAUACUCAGGGCUACCAAACGAGCUGUGCUUCGUGGUCUUCGUAGUUCAGGUUAUACAGAUGAAGCAAAGAAGCUUCAGUGGAAAAUUCAACUGGCUCGAAUAUUACGUUAGAAACCAGCUAUGCUUUUGCUACUGAAUAAUUCAACUGCCCUAUUUAGAUUGGCAUUUUGGAUGUCACCAUGCGAAAGCCUCCGCCUUAGUCAUAUUCUGUAAACAUCAGUUGUUUAGGGCUGGUAACUUGCUCUACAAAGCACAGAAUAGUAAUAGUGAAGAGUAAUGGUGAAUCUGAAUUGGAGGUGAGUAACUACCCUGCAACUGCCUUGCAUUGCUAAUCUGACAGUGGUUCUGCCGGUGUCUACGAGGGAAAGACACUACUCUAGUAAACAAAUAGUUGCUAUGUUCAUGCAUGACCGGACAAGUCCAGAAACAUUUUCUCAAAGCCAGUUGUUAGUCACGCUGCUUUCUUCAUUUCAGGGGUUCACUGGUAACUGGUUAGCAUUACUGGGAGCAGUUUGAAUAUAACUCAGGAUAACUACUCCUGAAAGGUAAACUUGUGUAUUGCAGCCUGCUUUUUCAUGUGAGUAACUUUGACAUGAAAUUUUGAUAAAUUGAUAUCUUAAAGACAUCUCAUGGUUACACGAGAGAGAAAUACGAUAGCUAUGAUUCCCAAAAAGUGGAAAAACGAUGGUUAACUAUACUUCCUAAAAUUGUAUGGAUUGCAAACUGUUGCAUGUUUUAAUAAGAAAACAAUUCUGAGGAAAUCCUUGAUUCUCUUUGUGUUUAUUGUUCUGUUUCUAUGAUGUUUUGACAAUUCCUCUGGGGCGAGAUCUGAGAGAUAAUAUUUUUAAAUAAUAAAGCAAAUUAGUUCCAACAUUUUACCAACAAAUGUUCAUUGUUUACUUUACUUAUAUUUUUUUUCCUACAUGUUUCAUCUGUACCAGACUAUCUUUUGUCAACUUCUUAAAUUGUGCUGAUAGAGAAAUAAUAAUUCCAAAUAUUUGAUUUUGUUCUUGUCAUAUUAAAGACAUUUUAUGUUUUGAGGGAUUUCAUUCAGUUAUUGUGCACCCUGGGCAGGAGCAUUGACAUUUUAUGCUUGUUUUUCAAUGUGAUGGUAUUCUUAUUGGUUGAAUCAUUAAGCUCUGA